AUGCUUCCUUGGAAUGUUGUUGAGAAUGGAAAGGUUGAGGGAAUGGGUUUAAUGGGAAGAACAGAGGGUUCAGAUGAUAAAUUGGAAGGAGAUCAGAAUCUGGGCUAUGAUGAAUAUGUAACAGAGGAAGAGCUAUUAGAUGAUGAAAGAUGGACAAUGAGAGUAGAUUUAAGGGGAAAAAGUCAAGACCAAAGUUUGUCUCAAUCUCCGAAUUCCAUUGAGUGCCAUGACAUUGUUGGUGUUGAUUCCGAAAAGAGAAAGACAUCGAUGGUGAUGACUCUGAAUUUUAAAGCAUUCUUCUUCGUUGAGAGGAAGAGAAACAUGCCUUCUCUGUUUUUCCACAGCGCAAACGUAACAACACUACAGUCUCUCAACUUAACUUCUUCACUUCUUUUCCCAAAUAAUCAGAAACUCUGCUCAAAACCCCGUUUCCAAUCCUCCAUCAAAAUCAAUACACCAAUCCCCAAACACGUCCCUAACAAAAAGGUUAUAAUCCUCUGGGACCUCGACAACAAACCUCCACGUGGACCUCCAUACGACGCCGCACUCUCUCUCAAAACCCUCGCCGAACGCUUCGGCGACGUCGUUUCAAUCUCCGCUUACACAAAACGACACUCCUUCUUCAAUCUCCCUCAAUGGAAUACCAACCAAAACCCUAACCCUAAUUCGAUUCCCUGCCGUGUCUGCGGUCACGAAUGUAAAUCAAUUUUCGAUCUCAAAAUUCAUUUCAAGAGAGUUCAUCUGUACCAGCGUAAGAAGUUAAGGGAAAAAUUGAAAUCCAUUAAGUUGAGCCGGUCGAAGGUCUGGUUCGUUCGGAGAAUCCAUACUUAUAAUGAAGCUGCGGGAAAUGUUGUUGCGCCUAGGGUUGGAUUUGGUUUGGGUUCGGAGUUGCGGCGCGCAGGGGUUUUCGUUAAAGUUGUGAAGGUUGGUGAGAAGGGGAAUGCGGCGGAUUUGUGGUUGGAGAGGGAGAUGAUGAGUGGAGAGGUUGGUUGGUUGGUUUUGGUUUCGGAUGAUCGGGAAUUUGCGGAGAUGUUGAGGAAGGUUAGGGAAGCGAAUUUGAAGACUGUUGUUGUUGGAGAUUAUUGGGAUAGGGAUUUGGGGAAGAAUGCUGAUUUGUGGCUUCCUUGGAAUGUUGUUGAGAAUGGAAAGGUUGAGGGAAUGGGUUUAAUGGGAAGAACAGAGGGUUCGGAUGAUGAAUUGGAAGGAGAUCAGAAUCUGGGCUAUGAUGAAUAUGUAACAGAGGAAGAACUAUUAGAUGAUGAAAGGUUUUAAAUAACUGAUGCAUUGUGUUAUAUUUAAGGCAAUCGCGAUUCUGGUCAGCUUAUGAGAAACAAAUUGAUCUUGUUUGAA